GAGAAAAAGGGAAGAGAGAGAGAGAGAAAAGGGGGGAAAAAAAGGCGAAGAAAAUGAACCCCCAGUGCGCCAGAUGUGGAAAAAUCGUGUACCCCAUCGAGAAAGUCAACUGCCUGGACAAGUUCUGGCACAAGGCAUGCUUCCACUGCGAAGUCUGCAAGAUGACUUUAAACAUGAAGAAUUACAAAGGUUACGAUAAGAAGCCCUACUGCAACUCGCACUACCCCAAACAGUCCUUCACCAGCGUGGCUGACACCCCAGAGAACCUGCGUCUCAAACAGCAGACUGAGCUGCAGAGCCAGGUCACGUACAAGAAAGACUUCGAGAUGAACAAGGGCCGCGGGUUCAGCGUGGUGGCUGACACGCCCGAAAUGCAGAGGAUCAAGAAGACGCAAGAUCAAAUCAGCAACAUUAAGUAUCACGAAGAGUUUGAGAAGAGCAAACGGAGCACGGGGGCGGCCGACGGGCAGCGCAGAGACUCCCAGGACGGUGCCCCUUACGGGGGAGCCCAGGACUUCCAGCAGCCGUCGGAGGGCUACCGAGCCGUCCAGCAAUCACCAGCCCCGGCUGCCCAGCAGCAGCAGCACCAUCACCCCCCUCAGUCCUACGGGAACACUGAGCCCCCGCCAUCCUCCGCCCCGAGAGCAGCUCCCCCCUCGGGGAAACGGUACCGAGCCGUGUACGACUAUGUCGCCGCCGACGAGGACGAGGUGUCAUUCCAGGACGGGGACCUGAUUGUUGACGUGCAGCAGAUCGACGAGGGCUGGAUGUUUGGCACGGUCGAGCGUUCCGGGGAGCGCGGAAUGCUGCCCGCCAACUACGUAGAGGCCAUGUAACUCCUGGCCGCGCAGGGCUGCCCGCUCGCCCGCUGGUUUUAUAUAUAUAUAUAUAUAUAAAUAAAUACAAAUUUUUAUAGAACGGA